ACUCAGACUGUGCUUGAAGUUCAGGGUGCCUCUAAUCCAGUCACAGUGCCAAGGUGUCAUCUGGGGAAAGUACAACGGAAGCAAUGGAUAUGUGGCUUGGACUUCUUCCCUGUGGUCACUCCCUCCAAAAGGUCAUGGAAAUAAAUUUGAAUAAACAAAACAGGUUUGCUGAAAAUAAAACCAGGACGCCCCAGCUGCUCCAGUCAGCCUGCUUCUGCGAGGCCCUACCUGUCAGCCAGCGCGGCACCGUGGCUGGGCGAGAAGCAUCAGGCAUGAACCAGGUGAUCGUGUUUUUGGUAAUGGCCAUGGGAACCCACAGCCUCAAUUUUCGGAUCCGGAAGGACUGCACCCACUGGCCCAGAUGCUGCCCCAGCAAAAGGCAGGACCCCGCUCAUGAGUCUCUGAAGGGGAACACUGUGCUCAAGCUCCCCCAAGAGGCCACUAGCCUCACCCACCACCCAGAAUCCUGCAGGGCCAGUGAAGACGGACCCCUCAACAGCAGGUCUAUCUCCCCCUGGAGAUAUGAGUUGGACAGGGACUUGAACCGGCUGCCCCAGGACCUGUACCACGCCCGCUGCCUGUGUCCACACUGUGUCAGCCUACAGACGGGCUCCCACAUGGACCCCCUGGGCAACUCGGAGUUGCUCUACCAUAACCAGACCGUCUUCUACCGGCGGCCGUGCCCUGGCGAGCAGGGUGCCCGUGAGGGCUACUGCCUGGAACAGAGGCUCUACCGUGUCUCCUUGGCUUGUGUGUGUGUGCGGCCGCGAGUGAUGGCCUAGUCGUGCCGCCCGUGCCUGGUUCCUGGCCGGACCACCCGCCACGGUGAGCCACGACGCCCGAACGCUCGACCCCUCCAAAGCACUACCUGGAGCAGCAGGACCGUAGGGCAGGAUCGGGGACUUUGGGGGGAACCGCACAUCUCACUUUGUGGAGUGGGUGGGAAAUGCGGGGUGAAGCAACAGAGCUGCUUAUGGCGCCCGGAAGAGGACAUCCUGGCAUUUCCUCUGGGGAAAGGUCUUUAAGGCUCUAGAGCCUACCACCCCCAUCUCUUCCUUUUCUCCCAUCCCCAGCUGCCCUGGCAAAGCACAAACACUUUCUUGCUACUUUCCCCUUUGCCAGUGGAGAGCCCCUCGUUUCAUGUGUUUGUUCGUCCGUCCAUCCAUCCAUCCAUCCAUCCAUCUAUCCAUCCAACACUCAGUGACAUCUACUUUGCACAUACCUCGGUGCAGUUACUAGGCUCUGAGGAAGAGGCUGUUAUUGAGGAUGGAGAGACUUAUCCAAAUAAAUAAUCUGUACUCAAAAUGGCUUAAUUUGUCUUGGCGUCCCUGGUGCCUGAACACCAGGCUCCCCAGCCUGAGCCCUUCUCUUCCCGCAUGGUCAGCCCUUACCUACUACCCUGUCCCGCCUUCCAGAGUUUCCGCUGUGACCUCCCAUCCCUCCCUUUCUCUGGCUCCCUAGCCUACCCCUGAACACUGGGGUGGGGGUCAGGCUGCCCUCCUGGCAUGCUGGAGAGACAGAGGCCCAUUGAGGCACUGCAGCAGGCACACAGCGCCCCCUUGUCCCCCCAACAAUCUGCCUUUGUCCUCAGUCUUGGCUGCUACAGCCUGGCCCUGGGGGGUACUGCCUGGGCUGGGCUCCAGCUCCCACCCUCCCUAAAAGGAAAAGGGAGAAAAGACAGCCAGGAAGACGGGAGUUAGGGGAGGGGGAUGCAAACUUCUUCAGGCUUAGGUCCUUGGGGGGCUCCUAGUC